GGGAAAAAAAAAGCUCAACUGAAAGAUCAGAAAAAGCAAACACAGAGAGAAGAGAUUUUUCAAGAAGAAAUAACAAGUUGCUCAUCAUCAAUCAUUGUGAGCUAUUCAUUUCUAAUCAUUCUGCACUUACAGACAUGGCUGAUGAUUAUGAUUCCCCUAAUAUAGGGGACACAAUAUGUAAGGUUUUGAUGCCAUUCAUGGCUAUGAUUGAAGUCUUCAUGAUUGCUGUCGCUAAUUGUUUCAACUAUCAAUCAAGAUGUGUUGCUAAAAAUCACAAACCUUACUACAAUUAUGAGGAUCUCGCUCGCCUUGCUCAAGAAACCAGAUUUACUAUUAAUGAAGUGGAGGCAUUGUAUGUGCUGUUUAAGAGGUUAAGUAGCUCCAUAAUUGAUGAUGGUUUCAUUCACAAGGAGGAACUUCAAUUGGCUUUAUUCCAAACAACUAAUGGAGAAUAUCUUUUCCUAGAUCGAGUAUUUGACCUUUUUGACGAGAAAAGCAACGGUGUUAUCGAGUUUGACGAAUUUGUCCACACGCUCAGUAUUUUCCAUCCUUAUGCUCCUCUAGAAGAAAAAAUUGAUUAUGCAUUUAAGCUUUAUGAUAUACGGAAAAGUGGAUUUAUCGAGCGAGAGGAACUGAAGCAAAUGGUGAAAGCCAUGUUGAUGGAAUCUGAUAUGAACCUUUCCGACGAUCUUCUUGAAGCUAUUGUUGACAAGACAAUUGCUGAUGCCGAUAAGGAUAGGGAUGGUAAAAUCAGUAAAGAAGAUUGGAAAGUUUUUGUGAGUAGAAAUCCAUCCAUAUUGAAGAACAUGACACUUCCUUAUUUGAAGGACAUCACAUGUAUAUUUCCAAGUUUUAUUUUCAAAUCAGAGGCUGAAAUUUGAUUUAAAGAAAAAAAAAGGUAA